UCUCUGGCGGUCUCUCUGCACAGCUAGAAAUAACUUUUUUCAGUUACUACUUACGACGUGCUUCACUCAGUAUAGCGUAAAACAGAUUUUCAAAGAACUAUCAAUAAUUUUCUACUGUUCAGUGUUCGUGCCUGUUAAAAUAUUAGGGCGAUUUUCCAGUAAACGUUUUUUUUAAAGCAUUCUUAGUGUAAAAGUGAACUUUUGAGCUACAGAAUAAUGACAAAUCUAAUACAUAGCACUUUAUGUUAAACUUGGGACAUGGAUUUAAUCAACCGUUAACAAUCUUACUUAAAAGUUUAACACUACUGUAUAUCAAAAUGCCAUGGUACCAAGAAGAAGAAGACGAGGACUAUCUUUUGUACUCGCCCGCUAUAUUAGCGCGAAGAGCUUCAGAGAGUUGGAUAGAUACCCCACCAGUAGAGACAAUUCCAGCAAAUACCGCUCUACACCGGAAAAAGUCUCUACCGGAUGUCCAGCAGCUUCCGUUUGCUACUAGUACCAUGAGCAGAGAAGAAGUGUCAAUUCUUGGCUCUGCACGAAGAGAAGAAUUACGGAGGCAGAUAGAUGAAACCGAGCGUUUAAAGGCUAAUCCAUUGUUAUAUUUAGUCAGUCCAAAAGUUAAGGAUUGGUUCUCCCGGCAACAGCUCGUAGUGCUGGUGUUAAUAAUAAAUAUAGCCUUGGCGAUCAUGUUUUUCAAAAUGCUUACAUAACAUCGGAUGAGCCCAUGUUUGCAUUUCAGCACAUUUCUGGAUACAAUUAUAGUAUGACAUAACAGAUGGAAAUGAAGAUGAUAUUGAAGCGAACAUUAUGGGAUAACUAACCAUUGCUGCGUAUGCUAAUGUAGUACUUAGACAUUUCUAUACACUAAAUGAUUAAGUGAGUUGUCAUUGUUUCAUCUAUGAACUUAAAAAAAAUCGAAAGCUAUUAUCGUUUCAAAUAAAAAACCUGUUUUAAUCCA